UCCUCCUCCUCCCCCUCCUCCUCCUCCUCCUCCUCCUCCUUGUCAACAUCUCUCCCGCCCAGCGGUGGCGGAGGGGAGCCGGGAAGUGAAGCCUCCGGUUCCGAUUCGGUGGGCUCUGCCUCGCUCUCCCGGGUGCUGCUGCUGCUGCUGCCGCCUGGCUGCCUUCCCCCCGCGGCUCCCCGAGCGCCAGGAUCCCUCUCGACCCCCUGACUCUUGGAUCUAUUGUCGAAGCCGGGAGGAGGAGAAGGAGGAGGAGGACAUCGCUCUGCACAUCUGGGCGAGCGCAUCUGGGCAUGCAACAUCGACCUUUCCUCCGGGGUGGGGAGCAAACAAGGAGGAGGAAGACCUUUCCCCCCUCGCCUUCUGGCUAUUUUUCUUUCCCCGCUAACCCCCCAUCCUUCCUCGGAGGUUUCCAUCUUUUAACUGCCUCUUAACACUGGCAGAGAAGGAAGGAAGCCAGCGAGCGAGCGAGCGAGGUGGUGGUGGUGGUGGAGGUGGUGGUGGUGGGGCUGGAAAUCCAAAGGCUGCUCUUUUUUUUUUAAUUUUUUUCCUCCCCCAGGGAUUUAGUUCAUGGGGAUGUGUUCAAGGCAAGAGAGGAUUCAGAAGGAUAUUGACAUUGUGAUCCAAAAGUGCAAGGCGGAAAAGGACUGCCUGUUUGCAGAUUUCAGAUACACAGAUUCCACUUUUACCUUCACCUACGUCGGAGGAUCCAAAAGGUAUGACAUAUCCUAUUCGGUGCACGUCUCUGAGGAUUAUCCAGACAAUACCUACGUGUCCAGUUCAGAUAAUGAUGAAGAUGUAUUAGUUACAACAGAGCCAAUUCCAAUAAUUUUCCACCAAAUUUCUACAGAAUUGCGAAAAACCAGUGAUGUCAACUGUUGCUUAUCCAUAAAAUCAAGGUUGCAAAGGGAAAAUGGAGAGGAAUCAAGGCACAGUAGUGCGGUUGAAGAAGAUUCAGAAGGAGAUAAUGACUCAGAAGAGUUUUACUAUGGUGGGCAGGUUAGUUAUGAUGGAGAACUUCACAAGCACCCACAGUUGGAAGCGGACUUGGCAGCAGUGAGAGAGAUCUAUGGGCCAAAUGCAGUUUCUCUCAGGGAAUAUGGAGCCAUUGAUGAUGUAGACAUUGAUCUGCAUAUUGAUGUUAGCUUUCUUGAUGAAGAGAUUGCAGUGGCAUGGGACGUGAUCCGCACAGAGCCUAUAAUUGUGCGGUUGCACUGUUCACUCACGCAAUAUCUAAAUGGCCCCGUGCCCACCGUUGAUGUAUUUCAGAUCUCUACUAAGGAAAGGUUUGGACUGGGGCAUCAGCUGAAGAAAAUCAUGCAAACGUUUGUCACGCAACAAUGGAAAAAUGGCAAAGAGAAAUCAAACAGUACGCACAACAAAAAAAUGUCAGAGAAGAAGGUGAAAUCUCCUCUGCACAUCUUUUCUACACUGCGCAGGUCGCCGAGUUAUCCUCCACCAGGCUGUGGGAAAAACAAAUCAAAACUGAAACCCGAACAAGAUGGCAUCUCAAAAACCCACAAGUUGCUGAGAAGGACUUGUUCUAGCACAGUUAAGGCUGAGGAUGCGUGUGUCACCAAGUCCCACCGAACCUUUGGCCGCUCCUUGUCUAGCGAUCCCAGGGCUGAACACACCAUGACCAUUAAAUCGCACAAACUCUUGAACCACUCGUGCUCGGCAGCCAUCAAGCAGGACGAGUGUGGCACUUUGAAGCCCCACAAGUUGCUCAGCAGGCCAUGCUCUGGGGAUACUCGAUGUGAGCACAACAGUACUUUGAAGCCCCACAAACUUUUGAGCAGGUCUUACUCCAGUAACCUUAGGAUGGAUGAAUUAGAUGGGCUGAAGAAUCACAAGUUGCUCAGCAAGGCUUAUUCUGGUGUCCCCAAGUCUUCUAAAAUGGAUCUUUUCAAAGAACCCACCAUAGCAGAGGGCAGGAGGCUCUCUCUUACCUCAGGGCUUAUUGGUAUCUUAACACCAUCUUCAUCAUCCCCAUCACAAUCUACUCCAAAUUACGGUGCAAAAUCCAUUCCAAUAAGAGACCACGGCUUCCUCGUACAGACGAUUGAGUUUGCGGAACAGCGGAUUCCAGUGCUCAACGAAUACUGCGUGGUCUGUGACGAGCCACAUGUGUUUCAAAAUGGGCCCAUGCUGAGGCCUACCGUGUGUGAACGGGAGCUGUGUGUAUUUGCUUUCCAAACUCUCGGUGUGAUGAAUGAAGCAGCCGAUGAAAUCGCAACAGGGGCUCAGGUUGUAGACUUGUUGGUCUCCAUGUGCCGCUCUGCAUUGGAAUCACCCAGGAAAGUUGUCAUUUUUGAGCCAUAUCCUUCUGUAGUUGAUCCUAAUGACUCUCAGAUGCUGGCCUUUAAUCCCAGGAAGAAGAAUUAUGACCGAGUCAUGAAAGCACUGGAUAGUAUUACUUCAAUAAGAGAAAUGACGCAGGCACCUUAUUUAGAAAUAAAGAAGCAGAUGGACAAACAAGACCCACUUGCUCAUCCUCUUCUGCAGUGGGUUAUUUCAAGUAACAGAUCACAUAUUGUGAAGCUACCUGUGAACAGGCAAUUGAAGUUUAUGCACACCCCACAUCAGUUUCUUCUGCUCAGCAGUCCACCAGCCAAAGAAUCCAAUUUCAGAGCUGCUAAAAAUCUCUAUGGAAGUACCUUUGCAUUUCAUGGGUCACACAUUGAAAACUGGCACUCUAUCCUGAGGAAUGGCUUAGUAGUUGCUUCCAAUACAAGAUUGCAGCUCCAUGGUGCAAUGUUUGGAAGUGGAAUCUACCUUAGUCCAUUGUCAAGCAUAUCUUUUGGUUACUCAGGGAUGAACAAGAAGCAGCAGAAGGUGUCAGCGAAGGAUGAGCCUGCUUCAGGCAGUAAAAACAGCAAUGUGUUACAGUCGCAGAAAAAAGGACAGCAGUCUCAGUUUUUGCAAAGCCGAAACUUAAAAUGUAUAGCCUUAUGUGAAGUGAUAACUUCACCUGAUCUGCACAAACAUGGGGAGAUAUGGGUAGUUCCCAACACUGAUCAUGUGUGCACGAGAUUCUUCUUUGUCUAUGAAGAUGGCCAAGUAGGGGACACAAGUAUAAACACUCAAGAGCCAAGCAUUCAUAAAGAAAUUCUCCGGGUCAUUGGUAAUCAAACUGCUACUGGUUAAAAGGACCACUCUUAACUCCUUGAUGUGAUUUGGAAGCCUUCCUCAGUCUCAAAGCUGGAUUUUGAACUGAAGAAGAAAUUUUGGGGUGGGCGGGGAAAACAACCCUAAUUUAUUGUUAUUCUGAACAAGUUAACCCUUUGAAUACUUUUUCUUACUUAGCAUUUCUUAUCACACUGGGGAGAGGGGGAAAUUAACAAAUCUGAAAGGGAUCUAAGCAAGCAGCUGUAGAGACACACAGCUGAUAGUCAAACAGACGCUUCGGGUUGUUCACAAUAAACAGAAUUUGAAAAGGAGUUCUGUGCUGAUAUUUUUAUAUUAAAGACUUGAAUUGGAUCAUUUUAGUACUGUAUUACCUGUAUUUUAAAUUUGCGAUGACUGGAACAGCAAUUCUUUUUAUAAAACAAAUAAACAAAAGUGGAAGCUUACGUAGUAAAGGAUAUUUUGCAAUAAGUAGAAUAUUCACAUUUUCAUACACUGUAGAAACUGGUUGCCUGGAAUGUAAAAAAAGGGGGGGGAGUAAGCUGUAAUAUAUUCAUUCUGCUAUAUACAAAUCAUGUACACAACCCACAAUGUUACAGGAAAGGGAGUUUUCUGCCGUGCUGACAUAUAUGGCAACAUGGAAAUGAUUUUUUUUGGCCGAUGAUCAGCGUAAGGGUAUGUGCUUGGUUCUGCGCGCUUUUCAUUCCUUUAGGUGCAGCUUUUGGAGAAAAAGUUCCCGGUAGAUUCAGCCAGAGCAUCCUUCUGUCAUUCAUGUGAAGAUGGUUCGACUAAGUCCUUAAUCGAUUUUAAAGGGUGGAAAAAUCAUGCAAUCGUCACAGUGGAUCAAUAUGUAAGGGGCUGCCGAGUACUUGAACUGUCAAUGCUGCCCCUGUAAAAUCUUCAUGUUUCCACAGGUGAAGCCCUGAGUCUUUAUUGCUUGGAAAGUCCAGCUGCCUUCUUAGGCUUCUUAUUGAAUUGUGUGGCAGUAGCCCUGUUCUUCAAAGCAGGAAUAUGCAGAAGUGUUUUACAGAAGCCUCUGUGUGUUUCCGUUCAUCUGAUACUGGUACUUUUUCCAUUUAUUUUGUGAAAUGGAAAUGUGGAAAUGUACUUUUGAAUCUACCAUGUUCUUUUAAUCCAUGCAUCCACAAAGAGAGAGAGAGAGAGUCACAUAUAUCGGACUUGUGGAGCUGGUUCAUGUGCAUUGUGUCGUUUAGGGCAGCGUUUCUCAACCUAAUAGUGUGCCGCGAGACGCUGGCUGGUGUGUCGCGAUGUGCGGCGAUGAGAAGGGCGAUUUGCAUUGUCACGUGCCUGGCAGUCGCCAAUAGGCAGCGCUGACCCGCCGGAAAGGAAGCCGGCCGGGUCACGACGCGGAGCGAGCGCAGCUCUCAACAGCCACCACCACGGGAGGGUGGUUUUAGACAAACUUAAAGAAGCUGGCUGGAUGAGCUCAACCUGAAACUUGCUGAGCAAAGGAUUGUGCUGGCAGAGCAAUCAGCGGCUUGUGAAGCCUUAUUACAGGAGAUUGCAACCAACACAGCAAUUGGCAAGUGUUUCUUACAGUCAUAAUUAUAUAGUCAAUAUAGGGCGGCACAGAGUUAAAUUUUUUAACUUUUUUAAUGGUGGUGUGCCUCGUGAUUUUUUUCAUGGAACAAGUGUGCCUUGGCCCAAAAAAGGUUGAGAAACACUGGUUUAGGGUGCAGAAGUGGGUUUCAUGCUCACAUGUCCUCCUACAGUGUGCACAGCUUUUUCAUGUGAACUGGGGGCCACACAAGUACACUGCUUUCAUCCACUGCCUUUUUUUUGUGUGGCAGGCAGAUGAUUCGAAUGGCUGCUAGCUACAUAGGCAUUGAUUCACGAUGAAAACCCCAUUUGCAAUGUAGCAGGAUGCGUGGGUCCAAGGCUUGCACCUGUCUUCAGUGCAUACGUUACCGAAACCAAUGGGCAAUGCAAGAACUGGCACAUUUUGAUAUAUAUUUUUUGCCAAAUUAAAAGUGGAGUUUCUUUCCUCCCAUAACAUGAAAAUAAGAUCACAGCCAGGCGUAGGGACCAAUCCUACAUUACGCUGAGCACCUACUAUUAUUAUGUCUUUUAUUACUGACAGGAAGGCAUUCGCCACUGCAAAUAAUAAUAACUUUCUUACUUAUACAAAAUUUCAGCCUGCUGGAAACAAAGCACGGAAACACAAGAUUUCCAAAACCAGAAUUCAGCAGAAACAGCUAAUAGUAAAACUGAUGUUCCCUAAUAAUUUGAGUACCUAAUGGAAUGCUUGAUCAACCCAAUGAUAAUUGGCUAGGAGGCUUAGCCUGGGGCAUUCCCACAUGAGAAAUCUUUCAAAUUAUUAUUUUCUAUUCUAGGUGUAAUUUGUCAUGCAAAUUUCCUGGAUGCCAAACUAAGCAUUUAGUAAAAUGAAUGGGUAAAAUGGCCUUUGCUAAAGGUAAAAUCCUAAGUAUUCUGUAUGUUAUUGUAAACGGUGGGGGACCCCCCCCCGGGUGACAUCUAAUUGUAUUUGUCCACUUGUUCAAUAGACAUCCAUCUGCACAAUGAGAUUUGCCCUUCCUGCAUGCCCCAGGAUCUGCUCUGGAGGGUUGGGGUAGCCUCCACAGAUUUGUGUGUUAGUGGGGGGCCUUCAGGGAGGGGAAGAGGAAAUGGAAGUCUACUUGCAUUGUGAUGGAUUAUCACUCUUGGUGAAUUCCAAGAUUUUAUGAGACCCAUAGAAAAUGAUGACAUUUUUAAUAUAUUUGAAUUCCAGAAGAACACAUUUCCUGCAGGCCUCUUAACUAGGAAUUGUCAAUAUGCAACAACAUUCACUCAUUUUUUUAAUGCUUGCUAUAGCAUAUACACAUGCAGACAUAGUCUGGAACAAUGACAUUUUUAGAGUAAAUCUAAGACACCAUUAUUUCCCAGGUUAAUGGGCUCAACUGUAUUACCCAAAUCCUUGCUUCUCGCUCCCAACAAAUCCUGCUCUUUCUCAUCUGCUUCCUCAAUUUCAUCAUUCAGGGCUGGGGAAUCUGUGAACCUCUUGAUGUUGUUGGACUCCCAUCAGCCCCAGCCAGCAUGACCAGUGGCCAGGGAUGAUGCGCGUUAUAGUCCAACAUCCAUCUGGUAGACCAUUGGUUCCCCAUUCCUAGCAUAAUUCCUCAGACAGAAUGCCACCAGCCCUAUAACAGAGAUGGUGCCACAAAUUUUCUGGAGAACUUCAAACUCCUCUUUGUUGAACAGCAGCCAGGUUGGGGAAAAAAAUUAUAUAUUGCUGAAUUCCCCAGUUUUUGUUCACUCAUUGGUUUGCUACUGUGUCUGCAAGAAGGUCACACAUGGAUCUCAUACUUAAAUAGGCCUUCGUCAGCUUCAGCGCCACCUGCAAAUUAGUCUCAGUUGAGUCAGAAAUAGAUUGUGGUGCCGCACUAGAUACCUCUACAGUGGAAUCUUGAAAUUAAGAAUCGGCUGAAUGUGUUUAUGGCUGGGGAAAGGAGUAAACAGUGGUACUCUGCAAGUUCAGCCAUUCUUUUCUGAGCCACCCUUUGCUGCUUUCGUACACCUUGUAUCCAGCUCCAUGAAGCUUCACCAUCUCACCAGCAGUCCCUAAAACAAAAUGCCAUGGCUCACUCAUUCUCUCAUGCAUUAAUAUAUACGAGGAUGAAACAUUGGCGGGAUGUCCCCUUUGCAUUCAUCUCUGCAGUGCGGUGUUCUCUCAUGUGGCUGUAGCAUUUGUAAAUGGUGCAACCAUAUCCCCAAGGCCUAUAUUGUAGGGUUCUUGAUCUAAUGGGAAGGACUGACUGAGUGAAAUGGCUAGAUCUGUGCAAAUUGGCCCUGACCAUGUGAUUGUAUCAUGCACAUCAUGGCCCUGUGGGAUUGUUUCACAAGGAAUCUCCCCCCCCCCGGUGUGGUGCGUGAGGCUGAUCUAUCAGCAGUGUCCUAAGUCUUAUACCACUUGGUUAAUUUCUUUGGAAUUCAGUUCUCUGGAGUGCCGUUCUAUUUCAUCGUUAAAAUAAGACCUCUGCAUACAACUUGUCCAUUAGGAUCUCAUCAAGUCCUUUCUCCUGUACACAUUUCAUACCAUCAGAUGGCUCCGAAUACCAGCUGCUGGGGAACAGCAGCUGGAGAGGGCCAUUGGCCUCGUGCCCUAUUUGUCGGCUCUUUCCGAGAGGCAUCUAAUUGGCCACUUCGGGAAGCAGGAUCUGGGACAAAAUGGACAAUUAGUCUGAACCAGCAGAGCCAUUCUUUUGUUCUUACAACAAGGAACGCUGACAUGCUAUUGUAUCCCUCAGCACUGGUGCCCCAGUUUCCAGUUUUGUGCAACAUGCCCAAUUAUACCAGCAAAAAGAUGGUGCAGUUACACACAGCACUGCUAAUAGCUCCUAAGCAAAAGCAGGGGGAUUUUAAAAGAAGAGUAAUGCUGAGAAUUGCAGCAUGAGCUAAGCAGGACUGCUACCAUUCCUCAGGGUGCAGUGCCUUUUGUAGCUGAAUGUCAGGCAGAAUUUCAAGAGGCACAAUAUCUUUGUGGUAGGGGACCCGACAUUUGUUGGAUUUCUGCCUGCCAUUCUGUUCUUUAAAGGCACCUGAGUCCUGUCGGAAAUGGGGAACCUGUUCACAUUCCCUAAAUGCUUGGAAUAUGUCCUUGUUAACUGUCCAUUUUGGAAUUCGCCAUGCUUGUGGAAAACACAAGCCCAAAAUAGAGCAGUCUACUUUUCUGUGUGGGCAGGGCCCUUUGCAUUGAACAUCUGGUUGCCAAGUAGACUGUUUCUCCUGUGGGAUUUAUGCUUGCUAGACUGUUUUUAAAAUGUGUCUGGGGGCAAUUUCCACUUGUUUCAAUGGCCAUUACACCAGAGAAAUCCCUUCUGGAUUCUGUCACUGCCUUCUGAUUCUCUCCUUGGGAAGCCACCCAUUGACAGUGAGCCAUUUCAAAUGCAUUCCCUGACAUGGUACAGUCCUCUCGUGAGAAUCUCCCACUCCAGAAUGUGCGAGGGAAAAUGCUUUCCUUGUCUGUGGGGAAAGUACACAUCAAAGAGAUGUCCAGGCCAGCUCCCCCCAUCCCAAGCCACUUUGAAGUGAUACAAUCCCAUCAGAGGACUUGCACCUUGGUUCAAAGUAGUCACCUGUCUCAUUGAAAGUCUCCAUUACAAACACUACCUCAAGAUAAAAGGAGAACAGCCUGAUACCGGGGCUGAAAUCCUGCACCUAGUUAUUGUAACUGACAGGACACAGGGGGUGUCAGGAUUGCACCCCAAAUCUAACAUAAGGUGUUCUGUUUGGAUAUGGAAUUAGAACUUGGAUACUUUUGUUUAGUCUUGUUUGGUCCGGUUUUUUGGAACUGAUCUAGAAAUGGUGGGGUGGUGAUCUUCAUUUAUACCUGGAACCUAAACGAGCAGGGGGGCGGGAUCAUUUAUAUAUGCUAGCUCAUGCAGAGCUAACAAGUACUGAUUCUUUUCUCAUUCUGUUCUACUGCUAUGUCUUUAGCAAUGGCUUGACAUGCAGUAAAUGGUGAUGAGCAUACAUCUCCAUGCCCUGAAAGCAUCCUCUUCUUCUCCUAUGUAUCAAACUGCUGUUGAAAGUACAGUGAUGGGGUGGCCAUAAUGGCUUGUGUGGUGUUUAGCUCUUUCAGUUCCUCAUUGACAAGCUGUAUCCAAAUUUUCUGUUCCCCAUCCUUUUACAAAUCUGCUCCUUUUACAAUGCUAAGAAGGUGUGUUGUCACUCCUAGCAAAGUAGGGGAAAUCAAGAGGUGCUAUGGAGGUGAAAUACAUCUUAUAAGGAGCCAGGGACACCCCAAUAUAUGUUCUUGACACAUCCACUUUUUCAUGGUUAGAGCCAUCAUAGCGAUCCAUAGUGAAAAGUAGAAGUCGGCAAAUGUGUCCUCUUUUUUGCUUUUCGAAAUAUGGCAACCCUAUAAGCCCUCUGCCCAGAGCAAUCCACCAUGAUUUCUGAAUUGCAUCCACCUACUUUGGGAGGUUUAUUCUAUCCUAGGAAUAGAACAGAAUCUCUCUGCAUCUCUGUGAUUGUUAAUACCCGUGUGCUAACCCAUCACCCUAAACACAUUUGUCCUCUUCUCAGGACUAUUUACAAAUUGACUUCUUUGGUGGGUUUCACGUGGAUAUUGCAGAUGUUCAAACUAAGAUUGCACAUCUGGGCUGUACCAAAUGGCUCUGGGACCUAAAGUGGUCAGAGACAACUCUUCUUAUGUAUUGGGAGGCCAGGUUGCCAAUGAAUAGCUACAAAGCAGUGGUGAGAUGGCAUGAUUUGUGGAAUGGAAAAGUGGCUGAUUGUCUAGUUUGGCUCCAUCUUAAAAGAUUUCCAAUGGUGUAUUGGCACCAGAUCACAAAACCCAAUAAACUGAAAAGAAAGAAAAACUCAGUGCACAGAAAUCCACUAAAGGUCCCUGCUUGUAAAAACUCAUAAAUGUUCUGCUCAAGUCAGUGUAGGGAGUUUCUUCAGUGACCUGAUCCUGCUCUCAGGAUCAAUGGGAAGAGGACACUUCAUGCCUAUGGAUUGUUACUGCCAUACCCAUGGGAACUCAGAUGGAGAAGAUUAGCUCUAGUUAUGCAUUCCUUUGGCCUUCAGAGUUGACCUUCUCAUUAAAGUGAAUGGGGGGAUUGUGCAUGCAAGAAUUCCACUUGCACAUCACACUGGACACACAGAGUUAUGGAUUUGGGUUAGUUCAAUGCUCAGAGUGGCAGACCUUGCCAGAGUUCCUGAGUUCCUGGGAACACGGCAGCUGCCUUAUCCUAGAUCAGCUCAACAUUGUCUACACCAGUGUUUCCCAAACUACAAUUCCCAUCAUCCCCGACUACUGGCCUUGCUAGCUCAGGGUGAUGGGAGUUGUAGUCCAAAACCAGCUGGAGACCCAAGUUUGGGAAACCCUGGUCUUCAGUGACUGGCAGUGGCGCUCCAAGAUUUCACAGAGGGGACAUUCCCAGCCCUACCUAGGGAUGCCGGGGAUUGAACUUGAGACCUUCUGCAUGCAAAGCAGAUACUCUACCCCUGAGCUAUAACACUUCCCCUCCAUUGUUCCUUUUAUUGUUUGCACCAAAGACAGGGAACAGCUUUUCCAGUCAACAUGGCGAAAGAAGACCUAGCUGGCAGAAUAUGUCGGGUCUGAUCCACUACAGAUGCAACUGUCUUCAUUAAUUUUACUUCCUUGUAUUAUAUUUGACUAGGGAGACUGACUACAAAGGAGGACUUGGAUAGCUGUGCGGAAGGGGAGAUAUUUGGCAGGCGCUAUUUUGUCAUCCAGGUGUGGAAACAGCUCCUUGAACUUCUCUCAUCCAGUCAUUAAAGGUGUAGGAAUCAGUGGCUUCCAUUGCUGCUGUACAAGGAGGAAGCAAAGCUUUUAUAUUUUUAAGAAUUAAGGGCACUGGCUUCUGGUUUGCUCUUAGGAGUUCAACAUACGAAGCACUUUCCGUAUAGCUAUACAUAACCUAGUUUCAUAGGUUCUUCUCUGAAUCUGGGAAUGGUAGUUGGAGCUGGCAAGAGGGAGUGAUCCCUAAUAUCAAGCUACAAUUCCCAGAAUUCUUUGGAAGAGAAUUCCACUGCAGUUCAAGUGGUCUGAGACUGAGCUAAGUCUGCAGUCCGUUUGGCUUCCGUUUAUCAUUUGUGUUGUGGGAUGUGCGUAAUGAUGGCUGGUUUGCUGAUGAGACCCAAGCAAUUUUUUAUUUAAGCCUAGAUCUCGAGUACUGAAUGGGUCACUUGCCAGUUGCUUCCUGCUCCAUUUGAAGUCUGCUCAGACUAAGGCAGCCCAGAUGUACAUUACAAUUCGUCCAAUUCUGCACUGGGGUUUUGUACAGUUCAGUAGGGUAGAUGUUAGCCUUUUGUAGACAAAGACAUUUCAAGUAGCUGUCAGAAGGGAACAACAACACCACCACCACAAACCCUAGAAUGUGAAACUUUGUUAAAUACCCAGGUGACAUCAAACAUCUACUGCCAGCAGUUCCCAUAAAAUGGAGUCUUUACACACCAUCUUUGCAGCAUGUUGUGCUCUUUAAAAUAGCGUUUAAAAAUAAAAUUUAAAGGAUAAAAUCACCCAAUUCUUAACAGUAUACAAGUUACAAACGCCUCAGGUUACAAGCACUUCAGGUUACGAACUCCGCUAACCUGGAAGAGUUACCUUGAAUUGAGAACUUUGCCCCAGGAAGAGAACGGAAAUUGUGUGCCGGCGGCGCAGUGGCAGCAAGAGGGAAAGCACGCCUCUAGUUAAGAACAGUUCCGGGUUAAGAACGGACCUCCGGAACGAAUUAAGUUCAUAAGUAGAGGUACCACAGUAUUUGAAUUUUGAAGAAAAUGCAGCCACUCCCGUGAUUUAAGCAUUCAGGUAGGCCUCUGUUUCUCAACAACCUGUUUUCCAACAAACUUCUUGGAUUUUGUGCACAAAACCUUCUCGCAGUCUGCUAAUUUUUAGCCUAUGGUGCCUUCAGAUUAUUACAGAUAUCGAACAAUUUGUACAUACUGUAAAUAACUGCCAAAAGAUCACUAAGGCCAAAUAUUUUCUCCAGUCCCUUUUUACCGCACUUGCUUUCUUAUUGCCAUUUAAGCUCUUUUAUUCAGCUUUGUAACAGUUAUAACGUUGUAGCCAAUGCAAAUGUUUACUUUCAAUAAAUCCUGAAUUUGUUCAAUGUGUGCCGAGUAUCUGAGUCUUGCUUGGGAAGCACUACAAAAUGCUUCAGAAGCAUGAGGCCUGGCCUUAUGUGCUUUUUGGUGAGUAAGGCAGGAAAUCAAACAGACCUUCAGCCAGGCUCCCGGGAUCCUUAGAAAUCUUCCCUAUGCCAGUGAGUCCACAUUCAGAUGACUAAACUGUCCCAGGUUUCCUUGGUCAUCUGGGAUUUUACAACCCCUUAGGAGAUGAUCUGUGGUAAAAACAUGUGGAAUAUGUGCUAAAAUGGUUUCUUUUAUUGAUUACAUACAAUGUAUGUAGUGUUUGAUUUUUUAAAACCCCAGAACAAAACUGAAAG